GAUGCUAAUAAAUGUAAAAUAUUAUGAGACACACUUAUACAAUAAAAGUAAGUGAUAGCUUCAUAUCCAAUCCUUUGACAAUAUCAAAACUAUAAUAAUAUGAUAUGAUGUUUAAAGUCUGGUUUGCAAUCACUUUAAAAAAAGCACUUCUCAGCUUUUGGCUUAAAAAAGCACUUAUUUACCAAACACUACCAAUUUUUUAUUUUUCUCGGCUUUCGUGUCAAAAGUGCUUUUCCACUUUUUAUACACCAAAAGCACUUAUUUUACCAAACACUACCAACUUUUACUUUUCAAAAUCACUUUUUUCUCAAACACUAUCAACUUUUACAAAUAAUCACUUUUUCCAAAUCACUCCAAAAGCUGUUGCAAACACUCCCUAAGUGGGUGAGGGUUUGGGGAUGCCAUCUGCAUCGUUGGCGCGAGCUAGAGUACCGAUCGGUGAUUUCCAUCACCGAAUAGGAGAUUACCGCUGGCAAAGAGAGCAGGAGGCUCGAAGGUGGGGCUCGACUCGUCAGUUCGGAUGGCAAGGUGAAAGACCAGUCCCGAGGCAGGGCGGAGUUGGGCGUGGUUACGAGGCACGACGGCCAUGGCAGUCCGGCUUUUACUCCAGAAAAAGAGGGCCUGCCUUCAGAGGAGACAUGGCUGGACGAAGGGCAGUCCGCAAAUGGUCGGUUGGUGCACGUGAACGGAUUUGGGGUGAGCGAAUUCGACCCUGCUGAACAGAUUGGGGCUCGUACAGAUCUUCAGGCAAUCAACAGUGGGCAUCAGGUGGAAGAGGGAGGAAAGCUGAAGCAAAGUUUCACAAUGAAUGGAUGGCUCCUCAAAAUGCAGAAGAAUUUGAUUUCUCCAUUGAGAGUAAGAAUUUUCACUUUAAAAUUAUUGACUCCACAAUUUGCAUCUCCGAAACGAAGUGUGGAUUAACAUCCGUUGUGAAUCUUGAUAUUGCGGGAGUUAAUUGCUUAAAGGAUUCUAUACUCAAGAUCCUUUUUGAAAGGUGGUUUUGGAGGUUUGAGUUGAAUAAAUCUCUUAUUGUUUUGUAUGAUGCCAAUUCUUACGGAGUAUUUAUACGAAUAGUUGAGAAGGGAGGUGAUUCUUUAUUUAUUCCUGAGGGGUGGAAUGGGCAUGGGAUCAACUUUUUUCUUACGGGGAUUACACGAGCUAUUAUGUUGAUGAAUGCAUACAUUUCCAAAAAGCUGACAAUUGAAGAAGAAUCAGGUGAAAUCUUUUCAAUUACUAUGGGUUCCAAUAAUAAUUUAGACUUUAUACCUUUUAAUGAGGAUUAUCAUUCCUAUGAAACUAUGAUUUCCAUUUCGGGUGUAUUACUUCAGACCGAUAUUGAGCAUCUUGAUUCAUUUGAAUAUUUGAUCAGUCUUUGGGUAUGAUUUCUAUCGAGAAUGAUCAUAGUAUUGAACGGAAAACUGAGAUUGAUGAAUUUGCAAAUUUGAAGGAUUUCUUUCAGGUUGCUUUGACAAUGAGGUGAAUUCACUUUCUCAGUUUCUACUUUAUAAAUUUCAGAAGUUGCUUGUCUCUUCUUUGGGUAAUUUGACUUUGACACAUACACACGAAACAAAAGCUGAUACGAAGGAAAUAGGAAUUUCUGUGUCAGGUGAUGCUCAUCCUAGAUAGGAUUUUCCAAAACUUACAGCCGAUUUUGCUGAAGCUCUUGCUUGUGAGGGAGGAUAUGAUAUUCCAUACUUUUCAUUUUCGGGGGAUGAAUUUAUUGGGAAUGUCUCAGAGAACGAGAAGAGGAUUCCCAUCUCGACGGAGGGUGAUCUUUGGGACUCAGAUACUAAUGAGGUUAUUUGCCAAAAAGCUUUGUUGGUUACACGAGACAACUGUUUGCCCACUCAAAAUCUGAACAAACAAAAGGGAAUGUACAGGAAGAGGAAACAACGAUCUCAUCUUAUGAGAACUAGGUCUCAAACACGAGUGGAGCUUUGAAGAUUUGACUAAAGAUUACACUGAGGGACUAGUGUUUUUAGGGAAGGAUUUUUGGUUGUUCUCCGGGUUGGUUUUUAGCGGAAGUUUUUUAUUUUUUAUUUUUAUUUUUUUAUUUCCUUUGAUUUCCUUUCUGUUUUUUUCCUUCUUUUUUCAUGUAACUUCUAUCAUUUUAUUUAAUAAAGUUCUUUUUAGUUAAAAAAAAUGAUAUGAUGUUUAUGUGUUUUCAACUCA